GUCCCUUAGCAAAACAGCCAGAGGCCAUGGUCAAAUCGUUCGUUCACGGGAUGUUAUCGCCUCUUUCCUUCGCCGGAGUCACGUUUAGCAGGCAGACCAGUCUCUGUAAACCUUUGAGAUGCCUGUGUGAGAAAAUCCCAGCAGAUCAGCAGUUUCUGAAAAACUCAGACCAGCCCACGUGAUACCAACUAGCAUGCCACAUUCAAAAUCAUUCAAAUCACCUUCAUCUCCCUUUGUGAUGCUCCGUUUGAACUUCGGCAGGUUGACCACAUCUGAUGAAAAGCCUGCUUUAAAUAUAGUGCAUGAAGAACCACAACCAGGAUGAUCUACAUCAUAAUGGGAGUCUCGGGUUGUGGAAAAAGCACCUUUGGGAUCUUCCUAUCUGAAAAGCUGGGUUGGCCCCUGUACGAAGGGGAUGACUUCCACCCACGGGAGAACAUCGAGAAGAUGUCUCGCGGUGAAGCGCUUACAGAUCAGGACAGAUUGCCGUGGCUUCUCAAACUACACGAAGUCAUUCAGAGAGAGAGGAGUUCAGGCUCUGAUGCUCUCCUGGUGUGCUCUGCACUGAAGCACCAGUACAGACGGAUCCUCCUCCAUGGCUCCAAAGCCCUCACUUCCCCUUCGGAGACAGACCAAGAAAUCUUCCCUCCGGCUUCUCCUGAUGUCUUUUUUCUUUUCCUUCGUGGUGACUAUGAAUUCAUUUACCAGAGGAUGGUGGCCCGGAGGGGUCACUAUAUGAAAGCCGACAUGCUGCGUUCCCAGUUUGAUACUUUAGAGGCUCCGUCUGAUGAGGAGAAUGUGUUGACACUGGACAUCCAGAGGGGCAUCGAUGAUAUGGCUGUGGAGGUUGAAAGGCACUUAAUCGACCACAGGUCAGGGCUACCAGCGUAGCCUUGACCACCACAACAGACCACAUGGGAUCCUUAGCAGCUGUAACAUUGAUAUUCCAGCAAAUAUUCAGGAUCCUGCAGGAUUACAUUUGAAUGACUUUGGUGAUUCCCUGUGUGGCUCUCCACAGCAACCAGGAAGUCACAGUUUCCACUUAUUUGAAAACAUCCAGCAUCUACUCGAUGGACUGGCACACGAGCUUGACAGUGGACAUCAGAUGUUUGCUUUUUUUCCCUCUUUCCCUUGAAUAUCUUGAAAACAGUUGAGCAGUAGAUGAAUCCACAUGUUCGAUUAUUAUAUUGUCACAGAUGCACUUCCUGAUGUUCCCCUCCUAGUUACCCAGGCUUGGACAAAGACUGGAAAGUUGUGACUCCACGAGGCUGGUGUGGUGUCUCCUUCUGGGGUCCCUGUGGGCAUCUUUAGCAUGUAAGGUGAAUAAGUUAAAUACAACAUGGAGCCCAUUUUUAUAUAAACUUAAAUCUAUAUAAUUUUACAGAAAUAUAACAUCUCUGUAAAUUUUGUAAUAGAUUUAAAGGCCUUGGGAGUAAUAAAAAGUAUGAUUAAUGCCUUUAUUAGGACAAAAUUAAUAUUUUUAGAUACUUGAAAACUAAAUACCUACAAAGCUGUGAUAGAAAUGAUUAACAUGUCAACAUGACAGACUAAGAUGAUGAACAUCAGUGUAAUCACACUGUCAUGUGACAUUUUAGCACCAGCAGUUUGCCUAAGUAGAACAACACAGAGUGUGUGGCCUUUACUGUUGUUCUAGUCCCUUUUGAAUAGCUAAUUAAUGUCUGGUUUGUAGUGAGGAUGAGAAAUAAAUCACUGUUUCAGUGUUGAUGUAAAACCACAGAGUGUGGCAGGCUUGACGAGCUCACUAGUUAUUUAGUGAAGAGUGGAAUACACAGUAUGUGUGAUUUUCGAGAGUUCUAGCUGGUUGCAAACAUUUAAAUAUUUAGGUGCCAUUCUAAUAAAUGCAUUGUGUGUAUGUGUGUAAGCUUUGAAACUGAACCGGUUUGUGCGUAUUUAAGGAUGGUAUCUUUUAAGAAUAUGCCAUGGUGAAGAUAAAAGGUUUUUACAGCCUGCUGUGAUUUCUGCCUGUGGGGGUGUGUCCUGCCUUAGGUACCGCCCUGCUGUACUGCUAAGACCAGAGUGCUUAAUUAAGGCCAGAUAGAUUUGUGUGGAGUGGAAGAUGGUGCUAAUUGUUUUUUGUUAAGUGACCAGCUUUUAGGUUUUUCUGUGUUUCUCUUCUUUUCAUAGUGAUAACAUGUGACGAAUCUCCUUUAGUUGAAUCCUUUAACUAAAAAAAACAAACACACACGUAUUUCAUUACUAAUUUUGCCUUCUUUUUCAAUCUGGACAUUUUUUGUUACUUCUCCACAUACCCUGGACUUCUGGACGUUUCGAGUGUUUGAUCAUAAAUGAUGUGAUGCUGAUCUUUUUAAUAGUUGGAAUAAACACAUGGAAGCUC